GCCGGGGUCUGCGCAUGCGCGCGGGGCCGCGGCGACUGCGCCGACACGACCGCGUCCUCGGCGUCGGCUCCCUCCGCGGCUCCCCGGGCCUCCACCCCUCCUCGCGGCGCUCGAGGGACCAUGGCGGAUCCUCGCGUCAGGCAGAUCAAGAUCAAAACCGGCGUCGUAAAGCGAUUGGUCAAAGAAAAAAUGAUGUAUGAAAAAGAAGCAAAACAACAAGAAGAAAAGAUUGAAAAAAUGAAAGCUGAAGAUGGUGAAAAUUAUGCCAUUAAAAAGCAGGCAGAGAUACUGCAGGAGUCCCGGAUGAUGAUCCCAGAUUGCCAGCGCAGGUUGGAAGCUGCAUAUACUGAUCUUCUGCAGUUAUUAGAGAGUGAAAAAGACUUGGAAGAAGCUGAGGAAUAUAAGGAAGCACGUUUAGUAUUGGAUUCAGUGAAGUUAGAAGCCUGAAGUUUUGCCGUGCAGGGUGUUUUUUCAUUAAAUCCUGAGAUCCAUUCCACAAUUCAUUAUUUUUGACCACUGCUAUAUGUUCAAGUAGUAUAAGAAUGUGAUUCUUUUUAUGCAGUUGCAUAUAUUUUUCUUUGCCUAAUUUAAUGUGUCAAAUAAAUGAGUUCGUCUAAUAAAAUUGUUUCAUACUUUAUAAAAUA